UUCCGUCGAGAGCGAGAAUCGAAGAAUCUGCAGACGCUCCAGACACUCGAGGCGAGCGCUCGUUUCUUGAUCCGCGGGCGAGAAGGGAAGAAGGAAGGGCCGACGAGGAGGAGCAGGAUCAGAGAAGAGAAACACGAGGGAUUGCGGAAAUGGCGACGUCCAUGGCCACGAGCGUGGUGGUGCCAGCAGCAGCUGCUGUGAACGCGAGGAGUGCCAAUGGCGCAGAGUGCAGUGGGUUCAAAGUGUCGAUGGCUGCUCCCCUGCUGAGCUCUUUCGUCGGAUGCAAGCUCGCCGUGCCUUCUUCUUCUUCCUCUCCUUCUUGCUCGUUCGAUGGUGUUCAGAGAAGGUCGGCCAUUGUCAGCCAAGCUGUCGUCGCUGCUGCUGCUGGUGUGACUGCUCCCUCCAAGCAAAAGAUUAGAAUCAAGCUGAGAUCCUACUGGGUUCCUCUCAUCGAGCAAGCUUGCCAACAAAUUUUGGAGGCAGCUAAGAACACCAAUGCCUUGACUAUGGGACCAGUGCCUCUACCAACGAAGAAGCGAGUUUACUGUGUGCUUCGAGCACCCCACGUCAACAAGGAUUCUCGGGAGCAUUUUGAAAUCCGCACACACCGAAGGCUCAUUGACCUGGCAAACCCAAAUGCCCAGACAAUCGAUGCUUUGAUGCAGCUCGAUCUUCCUGCCGGUGUAGAUGUCGAAGUCAAGCUAUCAUAGGUUUAGGUCUCAAGUCUAUCGUUGAGAUAGGUCAAGUUCGAACAUGCUCAUGACAAAUUAUAAAAUUAGUUCAUUCUUCAGGUGGCCUCACCUGCGAAUUCCAGUUUCUUCAAUUUUGAAUAAUAGUCAGCGGUCGUGAAUGUGUACCAAUGAGUCGAUUUGAAAACUCUUAUGGAAGAAUAACAUGUUGCAGCCAACUAUAAGUCGUUUA